AUGGCUCCUGGUAUUCCCCAAUUAGUGGAGGGGCCCACCUACUACCUCUCCACCGGGGCCCUGGAGACCCUGCUGUUCCCUUCUCAGGGAAGCCGGGCCUUCCCCAGUGACUUCCCAUGGGUCACGAGUACUAUGGCGGCACUCGGCCGUGUGCUCUGGCUGCUGAACAAGCACAACAUGGGCUUUUUGCUGGGAAAACACUCACAGCAGGCCAAUGCCUUGGCAGAAGCAGCCGGCCCUGUCACCCAGGGCCUCUGGAGCUCCUCGGGUCGCAGCAGCAUCACCAGAGGUUCCCUGCUGGCAGGUCCUGCGGGCUGGCGCAGUGGCCACAAGCCCCAGCCCAGAUGGGGCCCCGACUGCAAAGGCCUCUUUGCAGCUAAGGCUCCCGGGGCCAGCCGGCCGGGCAGCGCAGCAUUCACUAUCGCCCGGUUCCUUGCAGGUGACCUUGGCCACGCUGCAGCGCCCGCCUGCCAUCGCCAGCCGGACACCACCGACUUGGCCGGCUACGGGCGGAGGUCCAGUGAUAGGCAAAGGUCAGAUGAUGAGAGUCCCAGCACCAGCAGUGGGAGUUCGGAUUCAGACCAGCGAGACCCAGCUGCUCCAGAGCCUGAAAAACAAGAAGGAAAACCUUCUUCCGCCCAGCAGAAGAAAGACACCAGCUCUCUAGCAAAACCACUGCUAAGUCAUCCGGUAAGUGCUAUAAGAAUGCAGAAGGCGCAAGCUGAAAUACCUCUGGAUCCUUCUCCUAACUGCAGUACUGGGCCUAAAGGAGAUAACAUUUAAGAACGGACGUCAACUAUACUUGGUCCACCAGGUGUGUUUUUUCUGGAUGUCAUAUUUUCAUCAGAUUAUCCGUUUAAGCCACCAAAAGUUACUUUCCGCACCAGAAUCUAUCACUGCAACAUCAGUAGUCAGGGAGUCAUCUGUUUGCACAUCCUUAAAGAUAACUGGAGUCCUGCUUUGACUGUUUCAAAGGUUGUGCUGUCUAUUUGUUCCCUUUUGACAGCGAAACCUGUGGAUCCUCUGGUUGGAGGCAUAGCCACUCAAUAUUUGACCAACAGAGCAGAACAUGACAGGACAGCCAGACAGUGGACCAAGAGACACGCAACACAAUUCACAUAAUUUGUAUGCAGUGUGAAGGAGAAGGCAUCUGUAGUCUGUGCUGCAAAUCUGUAUAGCCUUUCCAAUACGGACUUCUGUGUAUAUUUCGUACUGAUUCUACUCUCUGCUCUUAUCAUUCGGAGACUGGGAGACUCCCUAACAAGCUCAGAGAGCACCUGAUGUAUCAUCUCAAGCACAACAUGUUCCUGAGAAAAAAAAAGGCAGUGGCCAGGUUCCAACAGAGCUUCCAGACUAAGGGUACCACCCUAGACAUGAGGAACCAGAGACAGAAGACACAGUCUCCACCCCGAAGGACUCCACAGCUAGGCAGCGAUUACACACUUUCAGCACAAUGGAUGAGCUGCCCGAAGA